AUGGCUCGAAGCUUCGGCGCCACCUUCAAAGGAGACGGUUCUUGUUCCGGUGUCAGAAGAAUGCCUAAAGUGAAGACAAAUCGUGUUAAAUACCCAGAGGGAUGGGAGCUCAUAGAACCUACCCUUCGUGAAUUACAAGGAAAAAUGAGAGAAGCUGAGAAUGAUCCACAUGAUGGGAAGAGAAAAUGGUAUGCUGAUCGUAAUAUCAUUGCCAAGUGGAAAAAGCCAGGAUAUGAACGACUUUGUUGUUUAAGAUGCAUUCAGCCACGUGAUCAUAACUUCCAAACAACAUGCGUUUGUAGAGUCCCAAAGCAUCUGAGAGAGGAAAAGGUUAUAGAAUGUGUGCAUUGUGGCUGCAAAGGUUGUGCAAGUGGAGAUUAACAACUUAUCUUUCAUUAAGUACAAACCGAUGCUUAGUUGCUCACAUUUUGUAUUAUGCUUGAAUUUAUUUAAACUUUAUCACUUGUGAUGAUGUUAAGAAGGUGGUUAACCUUUUGGUAUAAAAAUGGUUGUCAUGUAUGCUAAUGUGGUUGGAAAUUAGUUUAUGUAUGGACAAUAAAUUACAAAGACAAAACAACAGUUGUACUCUAUCUGGUAUGUAUUGGACUGAGACUGAAAACAACAGAUAGAACUAGAACUUUUGUUGAUAUGACAAAAAUUGCAAUGUUUUGUCCAACUUAUAAGGUAAAAGUAAC